GCUUGCCUCCAUCAUACAGAGCAAGAAAACUUCGAAUGGACGUUUCCCUUUUUGUGUUCUCUCUCGUCGUCUUCUGUGUCUGGUAAGUGCUUGACAACUACGGAGUCACAUGCAGCUGACAAUGAGCGUCGCCGCUAUCAUUUAUUGCUUGCUUUCCACAUGUCUUGGGCAGCAGGUCCGUCGAUCCGACGUGUGGGGUGCGAUCUGCCAUGAUCGCAUCGCCCAUGCACCUCAUAUCAGCCACCGCCAGCGAAGCCAGCACUCCUACCACGACGGCAAUGGUCUUGUCUGGGAUUACAACCAUCAUUCGCCCAUGGAGAGUAUUGAGAUGCUAUCUCCUCCAAGUAGCAAUUAUGGCUUGUAGCUCCACGGCGAAACGUCCCUCACUCCCUACCUCCCUCCAUUACUCCCUCACUCCCUCGCGCCUGGAUCCAAUGUACAUUUAGAAUAUCACCUCUCAUCUCUAUAACAUUACGCAACGAAUGUUGCAAGACGACGAAUCAGGGGCACGUUGAGCCAUGCAGGCACAUCUGGUAAAUGAGUCAGCAAGUGCGCGACUUAACCACAUACAGGUCUCUAGGCCAGCAAUGUCACGAGGAGGAGGGAUCUGGUACGGUCCAACCUCGUCCUGCUCAGUUUGGAGGAGCAGCUGGUCGUUCUUAUCCUCUGG